CCCAGGAAAGUCCUUGCUUGUAGUACAUCGUGUCUGAUUUUAGUGUGGACUCUUGAGAAUGCAGGCUGCGGAGUACAAUCGCAGAGGCAAAGAGCUCAUUGACUAUAUCACGGAAUACCUGACCCAGAUCAGGCUUAGGCGGGUCAGCCCUGAUGUCCAGCCGGGUUACAUGCGCAGCCUCCUUCCAGAAAAUGCUCCCAUAGAACCAGAAAACUGGGAGGAAAUCUUUCAUGACAUUGAAAAAAUAAUAAUGCCUGGGGUAGUACACUGGCAGAGCCCGUACAUGCAUGCCUACUUCCCCGCUCUCAACUCCUGGCCCUCCCUCCUAGGAGACAUGCUGGCAGAUGCCAUUAACUGCCUUGGAUUCACCUGGGCUUCCAGCCCAGCUUGCACUGAGCUGGAGAUAAAUGUUCUGGACUGGCUCUGCAAGGCGUUGGGGCUGCCCUCCCAUUUUCUGCACCACCACGCUGGCAGCAGAGGGGGAGGAAUGCUGCAGAGCACGGUCAGCGAGUGCACCUUGGUCUCUCUGCUUGCAGCCAGGAAGACAAAGAUCCUUAAGCUGAAGGAGACAGAGGCGGACACUGACGACUCUGUGCUGAACUCUCGGCUGGUCGCCUAUGCGUCUGACCAGGCUCACUCCUCUGUGGAGAAGGCAGGUCUGAUCUCCCUGGUCAAAAUCCGCUUCCUGCCCACAGACGAGCAGUUUUCCCUCCGUGGGGAAACGCUGCAGACAGCGAUUGAGGAAGACCGGAGGAAAGGUCUAGUACCAGUCUUGCUCUGUGCGACUCUGGGCACUACAGGAGUGUGUUCAUUUGACUGUUUGUCUGAACUGGGACCAGUGUGUGCCAGAGAAGGCCUGUGGCUGCAUGUGGACGCUGCAUAUGCCGGCUCCGCCUUCCUUUGCCCCGAGCUGCGCGGCUUCCUGAAUGGCAUUGACUUUGCAGACUCCUUUGUCUUCAACCCCUCCAAAUGGAUGAUGGUCCAUUUUGACUGCACUGCCUUCUGGGUCAAGGACAAGUACAAGCUUCAACAGACCUUCACUGUGGACCCAGUCUAUCUCAGGCAUGAAAACUCUGGAGCUGCCACUGAUUUUAUGCACUGGCAGAUUCCUCUCAGUCGCCGGUUCCGUUCACUGAAGCUUUGGUUUGUGAUGCGAUCAUUCGGAGUGAGGAACCUGCAGGAGCACAUACGACACGGCAUAGACAUGGCGAAGCUGUUUGAGUCCUUUGUCAGCGCUGAUCCAAAUUUUGAAAUUCCAGCUCAGAGACACCUUGGCUUGGUGGUUUUCUGUUUGAAGGGAGGAAACUCUCUGACGCAGGAACUUCUGAGAGAACUGACAAAGUCAGGCACAAUGUACCUCAUUCCUGCCGUCAUCUCCUCCAAGCUAGUUAUCCGCUUCACUGUCACGUCCCAGUUCACCACCAAAGAGGACAUUGUACGGGACUGGGAUAUCAUCCACCACACUGCUACUGCCAUCCUAGCCAAGAAGGCUGUGGACCGAAUCAUCAGUGGCUCUGGGGAGGUUCUGACGGCCCACAGCGACAUGGUGGAUCGAGUCGAAGCACGGGAUGAGGAGCAGGGCACCCUGGAGUGUCAGCCCAGGGGGAACAUCGACACUCAGGAGGCCGGGCACAUUACCUAUAUGGCUACUAGACCUCAGAAUGCAAUGCUGCCUUCUGACACCUACGGCCAUCAGAACGGUCUGGAUCACAGGAGGACCACCCGCUCCUUAAGUUGCAACGGGGAAAUGCUAACUGGCCCAAAAGAUUCAGACCUCCUCAGGCUUCUCUCAAAGGAUGUCAUCACCGCCACACGCAACGUGUCUUGCAUCAAGGAGGGUGUCCUCUCGAAGAUCCCAGAGUGUGCUGGCAUCCUGGAAAAGAGGGUUUCCAGGAGGCUCACAAAGCAGUACAGCGUCCCCGUCUUCUCGCAGUGCGGGAUUCGGUGUGGCGUCAUACGGCCAUGCUGCUCCUUCAUGGCUCUGCAGAUAUUUAACAAACCUUGGUUUGCCUGCAGCAGAGUGAGCUCUGCUUUAACUUAAGAUCAGUUUUGGAAAAACCUGCUCAAUUUACCGCAUCAUCCUUACGGUCAUUUAGAAAACAUACUAGAUUAAUUAGAGAAUGCCGCUGAAGAACUAUAAAUAAUUACUGGCAGGUAUUCAGCUUAUUAAACCAUUAUUUCUUUAAUCUUCA